AUGUUAGCCGUGGGGCAGAUGGACGGGUCCCGACAGAGCGCUUUCCUCCUAAGCACCGCACCUUUAGCGGCUCUGCAUAGCAUGACGGAGAUGAAGACCCCACUCUACCCAGCCUACCCUUUAUCUUCCACGGGUCCGGACUCUUCUACCUCACCUAUUGCCACCUCUCCAAACCCCGGUGGCAUCCCGAUGUCCUCACCGGGGAUCAAAACAUCCUCCGGAAUGUCAUCUCUCGGAUCGCUCCAUCAAUGCAGUGCGCUAGGCACACCUCAUGGAAUAAACGACAUCCUCAGUCGUCCUUCGGUCCUUGCCCCAGGAGCUGCUGCUGCCGUUGCUGCGUCCUCUUCUGCCGGCAUCUUGUCCGGACUGCCCCGCUUCAGUAGCUUGAGCCCCCCGCAACCCUCUGGACUCUACUUCAGCCCCAGUGCUGUGGCAGUGGCUCGCUACCCCAAGCCCUUGACAGACCUUCCAGGCAGGACCCCGAUAUUCUGGCCAGGAGUCAUGCAAAGCCCACAUUGGAGAGACGCCAGAUUCGCAUGUUCACCACGUAAGUAACUAGUCCACGUUUUUGAGCUAUCUGAACUUCAAUUUAACGUAUUUUGAUGCAUGAUGUAGGCCUAUAGGCUGAAGGGGUUAUUAAUAAUUCCACAGUAGCCUAUGAUAUUUCAUUCUAUAAACUGAAACAGAUCUGACUUGAAUGUCUAGCUGCAAUGUGCAUUGUAAUGGACUAACAAAGGCUUAUUUUAUAACAGCUCAAAUUAAGUUGAUUGUGAUAUUAUUUGAGAAUAGCCUAACAGUAGGCCCAUCCCAACAUCAAAUAAAUGUUAAUAGCCUAAUAUUGGCAUAUUCUAUCAAUACAUAACAAUAGGCUACAUUUCGUUUAAUGGAUUAGAAGCUUUAUGUUUUACAUUUUCAGAUCAAAAUUCUAUACUGCUCGACAAAGACGGAAAAAGAAAGCAUACACGUCCCACCUUCUCUGGACAGCAAAUAUUUGCCCUAGAAAAGACUUUCGAACAAACGAAAUAUCUGGCUGGACCAGAGCGAGCACGACUGGCCUACUCGUUGGGAAUGACAGAGAGCCAAGUGAAGGUAAGACAUAUUCUGAAAUAAUCUUUAUAAAGUCCAAUAAGAUGCAUAAUCUUGUUUAAUAAGUAGCAUAGCCUAUUCUACUCAAUUAGACAUUUUCUCACGUUUUCCAUUAAAGUGCCUCAUGCAUUUUAGACUAAUGUUUUGUCUUUCGUUUCAAUAUUUAUAAAUUGAUAGAUAUAGCCUACACUUUGAGUCGAAUAACAGUGGUCAAACUAAUCUAAAUUACUGUCUAUUGCAUUUAAUAAUACAUAUUUAAAGAUCAUUCCCAAAAAAAAUUUGGUCCUAUUCACAACUAUAAAUAUUUCUAAAAUAUUAGUAUGUAUAUCUAAUAAAUUAAUAAUACAUUACACUAUAAUUUAACCAAACAAUUUGUUAAUUAAUGUAAUGUAAAUGUGGAAAUAAUGGUAGCAACGUUUUGCACAGCAGCAUAUUUGCCAACAACAUGGAAGGAAGAAAAUUAAACCUAUAUUUUCUCUUUAGAAAAAUCAAUUUUUCUGAAUGUAUGAUUAGAAUGAAAUAUAACCUAUUAUUAUGUGUUGACUUCACGUUACCUAUGCGUAUGCCCUUUUAAUUUGGCAUAUUAGCAGUGUUUGUAGGCCAAGGCUACAUAAAUAAUGUCUGGUUGUUAAUCAAUAUCUUUGCAAUAGAGUAAUGAGUAAUCAUAUUAUUUGUUGAUUGCAUGUAAUCAACGAAUAUUAACCUUUUAGGUGUGGUUUCAAAACCGAAGAACAAAAUGGAGAAAACGCCACGCGGCUGAGAUGGCUUCGGCAAAGAAGAAGCAGGAUUCGGAGACCGAGAGGCUGAACGGGGCCUCGGAGAAUGAAGACGAUGAUGAUGAUUAUAACAAGCCGUUGGACCCUAACUCAGACGACGAGAAAAUAACACAAUUACUGAAAAAACACAAACCAAACUUCUCACUCCUUAUUAAUACAUCAGAAAAUGACAGUUCGUAG